AUUCGAGUUGAAACCAUGACCUAACCUCACUUACCAACCCAGCUUUCUGUGAGCAACAAUGCAGGAUUAGGUUAUGGUAGUGUUUUUGAAGGAGUCUCACGUGUAAAUGUCAACAUCAGAGUCGAAAAUAAAUUCUCCUCAAUAAAUCAUUGAAUUAUUUGUUGAAGAUGUCGUAUCAUGGUUUUUACGAUUUGUGUAUCAAUUUCGAUGGACAAAACAAAGAGAAUUUAAGGCGACUUUUAUCUAGACUCUAUGAAAUGGGAUAUCGAACAGUCGCAAUAAACCAGCCCCUAGACGAGAGUGCCCUCGAGGUUGAGAAGAAAAAGAAGAAGAAAGGGGAGAAGGCUGAGAACACUGAUCCCCUCGCAACUGUAGUAAACCCCUUCGACGUGGAAGACGUCAAAAAGGAGUUUAAAGGAAAACUCAGCAUCCUCAGCAGGCUCACCUUCACCUUCUCAGACACUGCGAAGACCUACACUCUGGGCCAGUCUAACGGCCUCAAGAAGUUCGAUCUCUAUGGUGUGAUGCCGAAGAAUCAAGCUGCUUUGCAAUUCGCAUGCUCCCAGCUGAACGUCGACAUCGUGACUAUCAAUUCCACGAGUGGAAGUUUCAAGUUCACGAGGAAGUUGUACCUCCAGGCUGUUGAGAGAGGAGUUCAUUUCGAAGUUCGAUAUGCUGAUGCUAUUGAAAGAAGCACCAGAAAAACCGCCAUUCAUUACGCACAUUUGUUUUACGUUUAUGGAAAGAGUAGAAAUGUUAUAGUCUCCAGUGGCACUGGUGACUACUCGAGAAUUAGGAAUCCCUAUGAUAUAAUCAACCUUUGUGCUCUCUUUGGUCUCAGUGAGGUCAAAGCAAAGGCUGCAGUGCUAGGACAGUGUCAUCAUCUGAUUCUCAAGGCUGAAGGGAGACAUUUCGGAAAAGCUGUAUUUGCUAUUAAAAUUACUGACGAAUCCCCUGCAAGUGAUGGAGACAGUGAAGACGAGGACGAAUCUGAAGACGAUAUUUCUUCAAGUAAAAAAAAAAUGAAACUGUGAUUCGUUAUAGAACCCAUUAAGGCUGUCGAUUGAAUUAUAAUUAUUCCUUAUUAUUAUUGUAUUAUAAUUAAAUCCAAUAAAGCGUUUUUAACUUGACAUUGAUUAUAAUUAGUGUUGUUUUCGUAAUUUGUCAGAGUGAAGAAAAAUAAGUGCAUUCAUGGUUGCAUAGGGGAUAUUGUGGU